UAGAAUUGCAAAAAUCGUCCGAUACGGAUUUAGCAAUCGUCAUUAAGUUGGCCUUCGAGCGGCUAUUAUAAUAACAUGUGCGGACGCGCUGCACACAUGUGCUCGGGGGGCAUAUAAAUCGAGAAUCGAUCGCGCGAUAUGCCACAAGUGUAAUGUAACAAACACACAACAGGCCACGCACGACACAUAACACAAAUAAAAUUCGCAGUGCUGAGAUGGACGAGUCAGAGAGUAAACGUCAGCUCGCCGUUAUUGCGUCAGUUUCGAGACGAAUUUUACGACGAAAGCCAGAAAAAUGUUGCUGAGCAAUUACAAGAGGACCGUGUACUAUCUGAAAUCGUCGGGUGCCUGUGUCAUAGUGCUGAGUGGAUGCUGGCUGCUGUACCAGAUCAAAAAGUCCACCUCGCUCUUUCGAUCGAUUUUGCCCACGAAAAUUUUAAAUUUGGAGAAUACCCAGGCCCACUACAUCUACAUCGAUGAUCCGCGAUUUCAAGAUAUCUCCAUGUUCAAUCAUUUCGAUGAUUUGCAAAAAUACGUUCAAGAAAAGCCAAAAAACAUAUCCUACAUAGUGACCAAAUGGUGGAAGUACUUGAACAGACAAUUCGCUCAUCGAUUGUUUCAUUUGGCCAAGACUGGCGAUAAGUUUGAAAAAUUAAAAGCCUUGAAUUCUCUUGUUUCUAUGAAGCAUUUGAAAGAUUGGCAUUAUAAUACUUUUGCUCAACAGCUGGACGCUCAAACUGCAGUUGCAUUGGCAAGAACUCCUCAAGCAGAUUUAAGGUUUUUUCUGAGGCCUCCAUAUUCUUUUGAAAAAAACAGCGUAUAUGACAUUGUUGAGAGUUUACAUGAUCUUCUAAAAAAAUUGAAUGCGCUGUGUGCUGGUUGUCACCCAUGUCUUUUACAAUUUCUUCACAAAAAGUUUCAAAAUUUAAACAGAGAUUCCAGUUUUGAAUUUGACUUAUCCAGUUCAGAUACUCCAAUUGUUUGGGACAAAAAUUUUAUUUUUAACUGCAUACAGGCCUUGCACCAUCAUUCGUCUUUAGAAGAUCACAGUAAAGAUGUUGCGGACGCUGGAGGAUUAAAAAUAUUGAUGAAUAUAUAUAAAUUAGUUGGAAAUGAUAUUGAGAUAUGUGCAUUCAUAGCUAAAAUACUUUCAAAUUUAUCUUUAUUCCCAGAAUAUUUAGAAGAUAUUUUUAAAUCAGGUUGGAUUGGAGUAUUAGCAGCUUGGUCCAGAAAUGAAGACAUAAGACUUGCAUCACCAGCUAGUCGAGCAUUAAUAAAUUUAGAUUUCAAUGAUAUCGAAGAUGUGAGAUUUCCUCAAAGAAUUUAUCCUCUAUACCCACUGCACAGAACACCAUAUAAAAAGAAUUUAGAUGUUAUAUUUAUACAUGGUUUGCUGGGGGGUGUAUUUGUUACAUGGCGGCAACGCGAUUUGAGUGCCUUAGUUCCAGUACCAAAAUCGAAAAUUAAGACAGAUGUUUUGAGCGUUCGAAAUAUCGUUCAAGAUUAUCCUUCAGAAUUCCUUAAAGAUUUAGCUCGAGAUAUGGAAAAACGUGAUUGGCAGCGUGUUGGUCAUGAUUUUGAAGUAAUUCUUUCCGAUUGUCCUGUCAACGUAAGGAACGCAGCAUCUGGACCCUUCUUUUGUAAAGGAGAUGAUCGCUGCAUGCAACAGAGCGAAAAAGAUGCUUCCCGGCACACGCCGUGUUGGCCAAAAGAUUGGAUACCCGAUGACGUUCCAAAUGUGCGAGUACUUGGUUUGAACUAUACCUCUAAUUUGUCGAUGUGGACUCCGUUGUGUCCUAUCGAAGGCGUCAGGAGUACGAUUAAAGAUCGUAGCAGUGAAUUCACGCGAAAACUAUUGGUGGCUGGUGUUGGCCAACGUUCCAUCAUUUGGGCCUGCCAUUCAAUGGGUGGACUUUUAGUAAAAAAAAUGCUCGUAGAAGAAUGGAAAAAUGGUGAUAAAAGUAAUUUAGUCCGAAAUACCAAAGGAAUUGUAUUUUAUAGUACUCCUCAUCAAGGAUCUCACGUAGCAUCUCUUAAUCAAACAACGCAAAUGUUGGUUUGGCCGUCAGUUGAAGUUCAAGAGCUGCGUGAACAAUCUCCGCAAUUAUUGGAACUGCAAAAAGACUUUUUAAAUAUGCUGAAGGAGCAUGAAAUAGAAAUCAUUAGUUUCGGAGAAACAAAACCAACAAGGGUGACGGCUUUAAAAGUUCCUUUUAUAUUUGUUAAUCCUGCUUCAGCUGAUCCUGGAGUUGGCGAGUUCUUUGAAAUACCGCAAGAUCAUCUGUCUAUCUGCAAACCAGCAAAUAGGCAAUCAUUUCUGUACCAAAAGGUUCUGUCGAUGAUCAAGCGUCACGUGACGCAGGAUACGAAUCAGAAGGAUCAAUGCUGGAAAAAUUUAUUCUCUUUCGCCGGACGUGUUCUGUAAAUAUAAGCCCAAGAAAUGUGAUCGACUUUCUCUCAACUGUCUGUAAAUAUCCUCUAUCUUUAUUUUCUUCGUUUGUUAUCUAAUAUAAGUUUGGGUUGACGCUUCGAUUGUGCCAAAAACAAAAAAAAAAAAGAAGUAGAAGAACUGACGAGACUGUUAUUUUUUUAAUAAAAUA